CCCAAACUGCAGGUCAUAUCGCGUCAAACGCCUGCCAUUCAAGUGAACGACAAAUCAAUUAUUGACAUCAAAGCCAAUAGUAGUCUACGGCUUAAAUACCCAAAUAACCUGAUUGUGCCGAUUGAAGGGAGCGAUGAGUUCAUAAUAGUACCGGUGCUCGAGAAUAGUACCAGUCUUGAAAUCCCAUGCAAGCCAACCAACUCGGCAUCAGUAGUGACCCUUCAUUCCUAUGACUCCAAAAUUGAGAACUUCGUGCAAAUGUCCAACGAUUUGCUCGCAUAUGACCCAACCCUGGGCUUCACAGUACAUAACUUUCCUUUCAAGCAAUACAAUGCUCUCGACUGCAAAGUCAAGUCCGGUCUCAAGGAACAGUACAUUGGAGUAACUGUCCAUCAAAUAAGUAAGUUUUAUUGA